AUGGCGGACGCAGAGGCACCAGCGACAAGAGAUCUGACACUAUGCUGUGCAGACUCCUGCCACAUCUUGUUUGAUCUGGAGGUGAUCUUCGUCCGUUUCUGGGCUACACUGGAGGAGAGGAUGAGGCUGGCGCACCCUGCUGUGACCCAGCACCAAGAGAGGUGGCCAGUGGGAACCCUCGCACACCGCACUACUAAACGAGCAGCUGUCCCUUCCACUCCAAACGCUCCCACAGUGCGAUAG